UAGUUGGUCUUUAAGGUGCUACUGAAGGAAUUUUCUUAUUUUACUUCGACCCAGACCAACACAGCUACCUACCAGUGAAUAGGAAAAGAUUGAAUAAAAUGCAAACCUUUUAUUCCCUGAGAAGUGGGGCAGUAGAAGGUAUCUGAGUCACAAUGACUUGGGGAAAUAAAGGAGAAAGGCCACAAUAUUUGCUGGUAACUGAAUUAACCUGGUUUCUCAGCAGGAAGAGAACAAAUCUUUUUACAACAGUCCUACAUGCUCAGGUUCCUAGUUUUGUGUCCUUUGUUUUCUUAUGUUCUUAGCCAAAGAUACAGCCAGGAAAGAUUACUAUGAUGAUUCUUAAAGUGAUUCAUUUAUAUGUAAAACCUGCCUUUUUGUUGUUAGAUGCAACCCUGAAUUUGCAUGAGUCCUAAAUCAGCUUUGAUAUAAAACUGAGUUUGGGUGAGUGACUAAUUUAUAAUACAGUAUAAUUGCUCUCUUAUGCCAUCUAAAGACCGUGUAAAAAAUCAGCCAAGAUGUUGUGGUUAGAAAAUCCUAUGUACCCAACAUAAUUGUCUCUUUUUUUUAUAAUGGGUUUGACCAAAACAUGCAAUUAUUAUUACACAACUGCAUAUAAAAUGAUUCAGAAUUCUGUUGGUUCAAAUUUGUGGUGCAACUUCAGAAAACUUUGAGAAAUACAAGCAUCUGACUGUAUGGAGAUAGGAAACAUUAGCACAACCUCUGUGGCAUUUGAAUGCAAAGUUCAGAUGUUUGAACCUUUCUUCACAGGAACGAACCUUUGUAAUAUUUAUAAUAUUUAGUAUUAUUUGGUAUAGCUAUAGUGAAAACAUCCCUCAAAGUAUUUAUGAAGGGGCAGGGUCUUUCUAAGUGUGGCAAUAGUGUUCUGAAGUGCCCUCCCACAAUAAACUAGGCUGACAGUUUUUCACUUAAUUUGAAACACAUUCUUUGGGUGAAUUGUAAAUAUAUUUUGGCUUUUGCUGCAAGCAUAUACAGUAUUCUACUGACACAUACACACUCUCUAUUAUUUUAUAUGUAUCUAUGUAUCUUUUAUUGCUUGUAAGUCAGCUUGAGGGCCAGCUUGACCCAAUUCAAAUUGAUGAGGCAUAAUUUCUGAGAUAAUCGAAUAAAUAAUUUGAGUAUUUAAAAGUAAGUAUAGUAGUUGGAGGAUGAAAUUGCACUGUGGAUUUUAGAGUUGUCUGGUGUUGUCUGAUGACAUCCUCAGCAUUCUGUUAGCAAUCCCUAGUUUUCAGAGAUAGGUUUCCUAAAAUUCUGUACACCAGGUGAAGCCUGUAAAAAAUAGAUACACCAGUUUAUUAGAUUGUGUAGUGGGGAAUGCAGGGGGCUUUGAGUCCAGUGGCCUCAUCCAGCCCCCCUUUGCAUAUAAGGAAUCUUGAUGCAAUGGUUCUUGAUGGAACUUUGUUUUAUGCAAAACCACUUCUGUUCAUCAGUAACGUGACACAGCAUAGUAACAUGGAAAACUCUGUUUAGCUAUGAGGCCCUCUGGGUGGCCUCAGACAAAUCACUAAGGCUAGAAUCCAGUACGUACAUAUUCAGUGGGGCUUAAGCAAUCCAAUCACUGUCUUACUACUUAAUUUAUCUUACAGGGUUACUGUUAAAUACUUCUCUGAACUCUAUUUGGGAAGCAUAAAAUAUAAAUAUAACAAAUAUAUAUACUGUAUCCCAGUAGUUGGGAGACAUUGUUACAUUGACCAUUCAUUGGAAUGCAAAAAUUCAGCACCAGUCUUAAGUAAUUUCCUUCCAACAGUAUGACCAUCUUUUAUUUAUUUUUUGGCUGGAUUUUGUUAUAAUUUACUUUCCCUCUUGGCCAAGAGAAUCUUGCCAAUAGUGCAAAGAUGUGGCUCAUGCCUUUGGGGCAUUUAACACACGCAGAAUGAAUGCACCUCAGAAAUGGGUUUAUGGCCAGCAGCUCAAACCCCACGUCUACAGAAGCAUAUGCUAGAGACAGAGCUUGCCUAGAAGAAUUUGUUCUAUGUACUGAAAAGCUCCAGUCUCAUGUGCAUAGAGUACAUUUUGGCAAUCAGGCACCUGCUGAAGCCCAGACGGCAGCCCAGACAGAAGCGCUGCUAUCUUCACUUCCACUUUGUACACGCGGUUGGUUAUCUCCGACAUAAACACACUUACAGUAAGAAUCUGGGAUAUGAUGUCUAGAUCAGCUGCUGGCGUUUCCUGGCCUUUUUUUCUUUUUUGCUGCGUUGCCAGCCUGGGAUUUGAAUGUACUGUACGUAGAGUUGCCAGUAGCAUUAGUACUUUAAUAUUUGGACAGGCAGGUGUUGGUGCUCAUAGGGAGGGGGAAAGAAUGACUCCAUGCUUGCCAUCUGGCGGUGGCUGUUUCCUCCUGGCUUGCCCCACCCUUUGGCCCUAGGAGCGUUCCUGAGAAGGCUGGUGUUUUUCUCUGGCCUGUUGUGUCUAGGUAUAAAUAUUCUUUUUGUUGUCGGAGUUGGCGGGGCCUGCUUUGGAUCUGCUUGGGACGUGAAGCUCCCUGUUGUCACUUGACCUGUUGACCAUGAUUUUAGAAGGAACUGGCAGAAUGAGUCUUAAUUCAGUCACAAGUCUUCUCCACGAGCAGCCGUCCUGGACAGAUGGAUACCCCACAUGUCAUGCAUCCGGCAGUUUCUUUGGAACUCAGUGGCAUGAGAUACACCCUCAAUACUGGACAAAGUAUCAGGUCUGGGAAUGGCUUCAGCACCUUUUGGACACCAACCAGCUCGAUGCCACCUGCAUUCCUUUCCAGGAGUUUGAUAUUGGUGGGGAACAUCUGUGCAACAUGAGUUUGCAAGAUUUCACCCGAGCAGCUGGCACAGCUGGGCAGCUUCUUUACAGCAGCCUUCAUCACCUGAAGUGGAAUGGCCAGUGUGGAAGUGAAAUGUACCCUUCACACAAUGUCAUUGUUAAGACAGAACAAACAGAUCCGUCUUUAAUGGCAUCAUGGAAAGAAGAGAACUAUUUCUAUGAUAGUGGAUAUGGUGGCACAGUAGAAUUAGUGGACAGCAAAGCGUAUUGUCGAGCACAGAUUGCAAUCAACACUGCUAGUCACCAGCCUACUGAAGAUGCUUCAGGGCUGAAAAAAACACAAGACCACCUUCCAAAAUCUCACAGCAAGAAACACACUCCUCGAGGGACUCACUUGUGGGAAUUUAUUCGAGACAUUCUCCUGCAUCCAGAGAAGAAUCCAGGCUUGAUAAAAUGGGAGGACCGGUCUGAAGGCAUCUUCAGAUUCUUAAAAUCUGAGGCAGUAGCUCAGCUGUGGGGAAAGAAGAAAAACAAUAGCAGCAUGACUUAUGAGAAACUCAGCCGUGCCAUGAGAUACUAUUACAAAAGAGAAAUUCUUGAACGUGUAGACGGUCGGAGACUAGUAUAUAAAUUUGGAAAGAAUGCCCGUGGCUGGAGAGAAAAUGAGAACUAAGGAUCCACUUUAAAAACAACUGUACAAAUUUUCACCAACAGGAACUUGUCAUGGAUGUAAAUAUUUCAGAGACUAUUUUCUUCUAUUUAUGUAAAAAAAAAAAUUGAGGGAGGAUGGGCAGAAAUCUACUUCUAAUGGGAAGAAGGAACACUAUGGUUUAUUGAUGUUGAAAUUAUUUUAUUUGACAUAUGUCCUUCUAUCGGGAAAGAUGUACACAGUUUUCUGUGACCUAUGAUAUAAUGCUGUAUAAUGGUUGUGUUUGGGGAUGUGUUUUCCUUUCUUGUGAAGACUUUAAAAAUGUAUUCCAAGAGAAAUGUGAUUUAUAACAAUACUGUGAGAGAAGUAUGUACUGAGAUGAACUCACAGGGCAUUACUUUUUACUUCAGAGCCUGAAAAUUGCUUUCUGCUUUUAAAAGAAAUUAGGAUGCAUCUAUAUAUUGCCCUUCCCCAACCUGGAACCUUCCAGAUAUUGUGGCAAAUGGUCAGUAACAAGGGGAGUUGUAGUCCAAAACAUCUGGAAGGUGUGAGGUUGGGAAAGGUAUCACAGUGUAAGGGUUGUAUGAGAAUAUCUGGCCACUCAAAUCUUGUGCCUGUUUUAGAGGUAGAUGAGUAAAACUGUGGAA